AUUCCGGCGGAUAACAAGAAAAUAAAUACGGCAAUCGCUCUGGUCCCGUCGUUUUCCUCUGAUGAAAGCAUGAAUGCGGACCACCCGCGAAAGAUAGGGACUAGGGUUAUAUCUAAGGACGAAGUUGAAUACGUAAGACACAAAUACCUCUUCGCUUGCUCCUGUCCGUCCUCUCCAACCGGCCACGAUUUUCCGCGCCGCAGGAUUAAAUUCUUCGUAGGACUGAAGAAACCCUAAUCGACCCGUUCCUUCUCCAAGCAGUCGAAGGAUAGGCCUUUUUGUUUUGAUUGGUGUUGGCGAUAUUGCGAUCCCCUUUUUUUACGUUGGAAGAACAGAGGAAGUUACGAUUUUGGAAAGAGGUUAAGGCGCUGAAUAUUUAUAUUUUAACAGACGUGUUCACGCUGCGCUACCUAUAGGGUUUCUUUCGUUGAUUGCUUCAAUUCAUCGAGUUUCCGGAUAAUGUGUAUACUCUGCGCGAUACAGAGGUGGUCUCGGCGGGUCGCGACCAUGUUACCUUGGCUUGUGAUCCCGUUUAUCUUUCUCUGGGGUCUCUCACAGCUCCUACCGCCGGCUCUGCGUUUUGAGAUAACCUCACCACGGCUUGCCUGUGUGGCAGUACUCCUCGCCACUCUAUUCUGGUAUGAAAUCUUAAUGCCCCAACUUUCCAGUUGGCGGGCUCGCCGUGCUGCCCGCCUCCGUGAGAGACGCCGCGCUGAGGCUCUCGAGCUUCAGAAACUCCGUAAAACUGCCACUCGUCAUUGCCGAAAUUGCCACACGCCUUACCGUAACCAGACCCCCUGUGGUGGCCGUUUCUUGUGCUCAUACUGUGGUCACAUCUCCAAAAAACCGGUUCUUGACCUUCCUGUUUCAACAGCAGGCCCUGGACUGAUUACGGAUCUUGUUGGGAAGCAUGGUUGGUUAUGUGAUGCUGAUGGAAAUUGCAAUUUAGUCGGCACCGUUCCAACGUACUGGACUGGAAGUGAUCAUCGGUGUUCAAAUAUAUCUUAUUCUGGGGUGAUGGUGUUUUCCUGCAAGCUGCUGUCCCUUUUUUCCUCGAGUAUGAGGUGGCUUCUUGGUAAGUUUUUCAGGUUUGGUUCCUCAAAGGAAGAUAUAUCUUCUGAUUCCGAUCAUAAAGGGUCAUCAAGGAAAGGGGAGAUUUCUGGUAAUUUCCAGGAGAGCAGAGAGGAGAAGGCUAGAAGGAAGGCAGAGGAGAAGCGACAGGCUAGAUUGAAGAAGGAAAUGAUGGAAGAGGAAGAGAGGAAGCAGAAGGAAGAGGUUGCAAGGCUGGUAGAGGAGAGAAGGAAACUCCGUGAUGAGAAAAUGGUUGCUGAGAAGGGUUCAAAGGGCUCAAUUCUUGAUGGGGAUGGAGAUGGUCGAAAGGAAAUUGAUAGGAGGAGAGGACGAAAGAAGGACAAAGACAGAGCAUCUUGUAGGAGUAAUUCAGUGGAUGAAGAGCUUGAAAAGAGGACAAGUAGGGAAAGUGAAAGGAAACAGGAGACUAUGAAGAAGGGUGAGAAUGAAAAUUUUGAUUUGCAGAAGAGUAUGGGGGGGAAUUAUAAAUCAUAUGCUUUUCAUGGAAGUAAAGCCUGGGAGAAUAAGCCCAGAUAUUUUGAUGGCAUGAAAGGUUCUUUGUUAUCUUCUUCUAGAGGCUUUGGUGGUUCAUCUUUCUUUGGAAGAAACACACAAAAAUCUGCUGCUGUUGCCAAGUCAGUUAAGCCUUCCGCUGGGUUCAUAGACCAUGCUCAAAAUACAGUAAAAAGAAGAGAUGCUCACCCUGUGGCUUAUGUUGCUGGUAAAUCUAUGUCUAGCGCCUUUGAAAAAGCUCAUAAUGCCAACUUGAGUCAACCUGCAGCCACAAAUGUUCAACAAAAAACGGGUUUCAAAACGUCCUGGAAACAAUUGUUUACUCGUUCUUCAGCAGUUUUCCCACAUCCUGAUUCAAAUUCUACUACUCAUGUGGACAAACCUGAAAGAUUAUUAGGUCCGGGCGAUCAAAAAUCCCACCAAAAUUUUCUACCCAGUUACGGCACAACUCAUAACCAAGUUCAAGUUGGGCAAGCGUCACCAUUCAGGGCCUAUUCUCCCACAAGUACUCUAUUUAGUAGCAAUCCAAUUUCUCAUAACGUGCCUGAAACAACAUUUUCUCCGGUUAAAGAACCAUUACAGGGUUCAGUGUCAGAAGAUGCAGAGUCAUUUGAAAACUCAUGCUAUGUUCCAGCUCCGAUCUCAUUGUUAGGGCCUGUGUCAGAUUCACUUGAUAAUUUUCCAUUGGAUUUGGAAGCUGAAUUUAGUACAAUGACCAAGGCUGAACAAUCCCCACUUCUGAGGAGUGUUUAUGCUUCUGCAGCAGUGAACAAGCCUUCCCCUAAUGAAUCUCCCUUGUCAAUGUUACAUGUUCCUGAACAAAUUCAUACCAAAUCUGACCAACUAUUUUGUAUUCCUAGGUCAGAUGUAUCGACUAAUAUGCAUGAACAAAGCACAUGGCAAAUGUGGAGCAGUCCAUGGGCUCAGGAAGGGCUGGGUGUGAAAGGUUGUCCUGCCAAUUUGUUUUCACCCGUUGUACAUAACAAUUCUCACCUUCAGGAUGUCUUGCAUUCUUUGCCCCACAAGCCUAUAAUGCCACCAAUCUCUAAGAAUCACACUACUCAGCGUGUUCAUACUAGUAACCACCAACAGACUUGUGGGACAUAUAGUCCUCUUGGUCAUAGUUUGAAUGGAAGUGGCAUGUGGCGGCAGAAUUCACCCUUUCGUUCUACUUUACAAGUUGAUGGGGAUGAUCGUUUGCUACCUUCUAAUCUUAUGGAUGCUAUUACUCUGAGUGAAGCUACCUAUAGUAGUCCAAACAAAUCUACUGCUGUGCAUGCUUUUGAAACAGAUCAAGCUAGUAGUUGGUCCAAAGACGAACUGGCUUCAUACGGUCCUCAGGAAGCUGUGAACCUCAAUUCUAGAAGUGCAAAUGUUGGAAGCCUUUUCUCGAGAGGACCAGAUGCACCUUCUGUGUGGUCAUUCAAUCAAUAAAUAGUACAGGAUGUAAAAAACUCUACAGCCAUUCAAGAUAGUACAGGAUACCGAAGGAAAACCUUGCUGCAGUGCAUCCUCCUAAACCCUAAACGAUAGGAACUUUUCUUCUUUCCAGCAUGAAUAGAUGGAUUACUUGCAUUCCUGCAACCUUGAUAGGUAGAAGAUAAUCUCUUUUCUGUUUUACAGGGAUUUCCGGAACAGCAGCCAUGUUUUCUAGGCAUCUUUUUGUUUACCUGGAGCAUUUUUUUCCCUCUCUCCAUUACUUUCCUUCUCAUCAUGCAGUUGAAGUUGACAACUGUUCCUCUUUUUUUCUUAGACUCAGUAAGUUUAAUUGAUUAACUUAUUAACGUGCAUAAGAUUUGCUUC